CGGCAUAUAUAUACUCUUUUCACGCGGGCCUCCUUCUUCCCCGAUUGAGACACGCCGCCACUAGACCUAGCCUUCUCUGACGAACUCCGAUCACCGCCCCCCGCCACCACGACAUCGCCGACGACCCCCCAUUGCAUCUGUGUCCAACGAUGACGCAAGCAACACGGACAGAGGCAACGACCUGGAUGAGGGCAGCAGGCUCCGGCGACUCCCUUUGUUCCGGUGAAGUCCAGCAGCGACGGGGAAGGGCGAUGUCGCGAGGGCAGUCGACGGCUACGAAUGGUCAGCAGCGGGCGACCUCCAUCUUUGGCGGAGAAUUUCCGAUCAGACACAGGGGUGGUGGUGAUGAUCUCCACCGGCGACGAGGGUAGUCCAGCGAGAAGGGGGUUGUGGCCUCCAUCUUUUCCGGAGAAACAGCGGGUAGUCCAGCGAGCCUCCUCUGCUCCGGCAAAAAUAGCAGCGAAGGUGUCUAGGAGGCAGGCUGCCGACGGCGUCUGGGCAGCGACUCCGGCGAAAUCUGCUAUGUCUGCAAUGUCUCUUUUCACUACCCAAUCGCCAACUGGAGUUGCCAUAACCUCAUCAGGGUCAAAGAAAGAAGAUCGAUUUGUCGCUGAUCUUAAUAUUAAGCUUAAGAGCAAGAAGAUUACCACAGAUAUCAAAGUUGAUAGCAACUCAAAUAUUAUCAUGGUCACAACGGCGCCAAGAAUUGAAGGUCUGUCUUCCCCUGAUUCAAUGCUGGAUGUUAUUGAGGGGACAAAUAACUAAAUUAGGCAUGCUCAAUUGACAAUUAGAAUGUGAUUUUAAUUAUGUAAAUAUUAAAUUAUUGGAUGCUAUUAAGAUUUUGGAUUGUAUGUAUUUAGAUAUUAUUCAAUAUAUUGUACAUUUUGGAAAUUAUUUUGUUUUCAUGAUCAAUAUUUAGAAUUGAAAUAAAUUUUAAUUAUUAAAUAUAAUUGUAGAUUGAAAUAUAGUAGUCUUUCAAAAAGCUUUACAAUGUAUUUAAACAGUUUUCUAAAUCUUUAAAGAACGACUACACAAACCUGUAUUGUUAAUAAACGUUAGACAAUUUA